GUACACUCUACGCAAUUAACCACUUAUCCCAAACUAUUGACCCUCGCCUUCGACAUACCCAGACGCUCUAAGCUAUACUCUUGAACCUAUAUCUUCCUCGAUAAGAAAUACCUCUAUUGUCGUACUCUGAAACAACAUGCGGGUUCUGUGCGUCGAAACACUUCAGUUUAAAGAGUUCCAUAGCCUGCCGGACGAUGAUUACGCGACCCUCUCUCAUGUGUGGGGUAGCAACGAGAUCAGCUACGAAGACAUCAGCCGCACGACCCUGCCAGUGCCGGUUCCUAUCGAGCACAAGCACGAAGCUUCCGCCAAAUUGAUCGGCUGUAGAGAGCAAGCGCGCAAAGAUGGCAUCAAGUACCUAUGGAUCGACACCUGCUGCAUCAACCAGCCAAACCACUCUGAACUUAGCGAAGCUAUAAAUUCGAUGUUUCAUUGGUACCAGAAGUCUAAAGUCUGCUAUGUCUACCUGGCGGAUAUUGGGGUGGGCGACGAUUUGGCGGCAUCUCGAUGGUUUCUCCGAGGCUGGACUUUGCAAGAAUUGAUAGCGCCGCAAGACGUCAGAUUCUUCAACCAGGACUGGCAACCCAUCGGGAAUAAGAAAGAUCUCGCUCUUACUCUCUCAAAAAUCACCAGGAUACCACAAGAUUUUCUAAUGGGUAGAGAUCUUGAAGAGGCGAGCAUCGCUCAGCGGAUGUCCUGGGCUUCGAAGAGGGAGACAAGUAAGGAAGAAGACCUUGCUUAUUGUCUUUUUGGUAUAUUCGAUAUUCAAAUGCCUCUUUUGUACGGUGAGCGCCUUCACGCCGCGUUCCGUAGGUUGCAACUUGAGAUUCUGCAGCACUAAGAUGACACCAGUAUUUUUGCCUGGGCAACUGGCAAAUCUUCGAGGCUCUACGGUGAGAACAAUACAUUUGGUCUCUUAGCACUCGCCCCAGCUGCUUUCAAAGACUCGCAUAACAUUGUGCGUGCAGACUUUCCUGUCGUGGAAGGAUUCACCAAGGGGCUUCGAAGCAUCUAUCAUUACCAGUACGAACACAACAGAACAGGAAGCUA